UUGCUGAGGGAGGGAGUAUAUUCCCGUCAGAGCUGGUAUUGCCCAGACUUGCUCAGUCGGUGCGAAUUAACUCCAGUGGAGUUUGUUAUCCUCCCAACUCCUGAUCAGGGCGGUGCGAUUGGCCGAGUCCCAACAUUCACAGCAAUUUCAGGUCAAAAACACUGCUGCAGAGAUGCCACCAAAGAGGAAAUCGGCCAGCUCAGCCACCAAGGGGAAGAAAGUCAAAGUUGAGCCGGCUGAGGACAGCUUCAAAACAGCCGUCAAAGCUCUGAAAGCUGCCCCCAAAGAGGAGAGAAAAGCUAAGAUAGACGCUCACUGCACAUUGCUUUCAGAGCCCAACGCUGAGCUCUAUGCGGAUUAUGACUGUAUGUUGAAUCAAACCAACAUUGGCAACAACAACAAUAAAUUCUACAUCAUCCAACUGAUAGAAUUCGAUGGAUCCUAUUUUUGUUUUAACCGUUGGGGUCGUGUGGGAGAAGUUGGCCAGUUUAAGCUGAACACUUUUUGCACCCUGGAAGAUGCAAUGAAGGACUUUGAAAAGAAAUUCAAGGACAAGACGAAGAACGACUGGGCAAAAAGAGAUUCCUUUGUAGCACACUCGGGAAAAUACACCAUGAUUGACGUUCAACACGAUGGGGAGGAACAAACUGUUGUAAAGACCGAUAUUGUGGAUGGGAUUGUGAAAAAACAGGUUAAACCUUGCACUUUAGACAGCGUCACUCAGUCUCUUAUCACUUUGAUCUUCAGCCACGAUAUGUUCAGGGAACAAAUGCAAACAAUGAACAUCGAUGUGAAGAAGAUGCCUCUGGGAAAGUUGAGCAAGCAGCAGAUUGCCAAAGGCUUUGAAGUCCUGGAGGAGAUCGAGAAGGCCCAGAAAUCAGCUCAGAAUAAAAAUCAGCUGGAGAAGCUGUCUUCCAAGUUCUACACCAGCAUCCCUCACAACUUUGGUCGUAUGAGGCCACCGGUCAUUGACACUCCAGAAUUGGUCCAAGCCAAGAAAGACAUGUUGCUGGUUCUUGCAGAUAUUGAGCUUGCUCAGAGUCUCCAGGCUGGGAAAGAAAAGAACGUGGUGACAGAUAUUGAAGAGGUGCCUCAUCCCUUGGAUGAAGAUUAUCAGCUGCUGAAGUGCAAGCUUUCUGUGCUUCUGCAGAACUCAGAAGAGUUCAAGAUCAUAAAAAAGUAUGUGGAUAUGACUGGUCCAAAGUCUUUAAAAAUCCUCCACAUCUGGCAAGUGGACAGAGAAGGAGAGGACGACCGUUUCGAGAACCACAGCAACAUUGAAAACCGCCGACUACUGUGGCACGGAACCAAUAUUGCUGUUGUAGCCGCCAUCCUGAAGACUGGUCUGCGGAUCAUGCCACACUCGGGGGGACGGGUGGGAAGUGGGAUCUAUUUUGCUUCCGAAAACAGCAAGUCUGCAGGAUAUGUCGGCUGCGCACGUAAUUCGAUCUGUAUUAUGUUCCUGAACGAAGUGGCUUUGGGCAAAGAGUACAUCAUUAAUAAAGAUGACUGCUCUCUGAAAGUUGCCCCCGAAGGCUUUGACUGUGUGGUUGCCCGAGGAUAUACUGAACCAGAUCCUUCUCAGGACAAGGAGCUGGUCCUCGACGGGAAGAAGGUGAUGGUGCCCCAAGGAAAGCCUAAAAAGAUGAAAGAGUACAACAACAGCCGCUUCAGCCAGAGCGAAUAUGUCAUCUACAAGGAGAGUCAGGCUCGCAUUCGGUAUAUGCUCCAGAUGAAGUUUUGAGAGAAAGUGGCUCAACACUCGCACAGUCACAAUCCCACACCCCCUUCCCCAACAGUAUAAAAAGUAAUGAAGCACUUACGAGAAGAAUCAAAGACAUACUUAUUGGCUGCUAUAGCUCAUCUGCUGACACUUUUAGUUGGUGAUUCUGUAUUGUACAGUAAUUAGGGUUUAUUCAUUUGAAUAAUCCCUUUACAAUAAUAGUAAUAAUCCCUUCCAAAAAAAUUAAUAAAUGAAACGAUAAUAAUUUGGUCAUUUCAAUCCACGACUGUUUGUGGGGACGCUGCUGUGCGCAAUUGGCUGCUGUGUUUCGUCCACAAAAUAUACUUCACAGUGUAUCCUGUGAAGCGCUUUGAGACGUCUCGAAGACGUGAUGAGGCGCUGUGUCAAAUGCCAGGAUUGUUAUUAAUAUUACAAUACAGAAUCAUUUCUACAGCUGCAUUGUGACUUGGAAAAAGGAACGGGAAUUUAAUUCAGGCGACUCCAUUCCUGACGCUAUUUCUGUACUAUUACUCAGCCUGCGUCCAGUCAGGAAUAGCAACAGCAAUAUGUUUUUUUGCAAAAUGGACACUAGCCUUUGAUCCACAAGCCAUAGUGAUGGGAGGAAGUUCUCCGUCGACAGAUAUAGUUUGCCCGAUGGGUGCCCCAAUAGCCUGUUGAUUUUGUCACUUUGGGUUGACCUGCUAUGGUGAUAGUGUAAACCCAACACAAAUCUCUCAGAACUGACAUGACAAACUUCUCUCCACCACCCCUUCCUACCCUCACCUCCCACCCACUCACUCACUCACCCACUCACCCGGCAGCUAGAGUGAAUGAAGCUAAGCAAUCUGACAGGCAUCUGUGGACUGGGUAGGUUUCACGAAAUGAAUGUUACUGAAUCGCGAUGUUUAUGUAUUUCGGGUCUGUUUGUGGACUGACUGCACUAAAGUGGAUCUGAGCCUGCGGGCGGGAAUUACUAGCAUUGCAGUAGGAAAUGGUUGGAACUUUAAGCUGCCUUUGUUAUCCGGGAUCUAAUGUUUGUGAAGGGACUCCACUGUUCUGUGUUGGGCAUCAAUUGGGUUGAUUUUUGCGUCAGUAUUUCAGGGCACUUUGUAUUUCCCCGACGUGUCACUGGCGCAGGCUGGAACUUGGCCUUUCAGUUCUGCUGGGCCAUGAGAGAGAACGGAUACCCUGAUGGUAUUUAACACUACUUUACAUCAACUGAUUUUUCCUAUCCCCGUAGGAUUAGCAUUACCAACGUCGUCACCAAAAAUGCAGUCUAAUUUGUUUCCUGUCUGAAGCCAUUAUAAUUCUUUGUGUUUACGUCUAAAUGCUAUCGUCAGAGGUGUGUUUAUCCCGAUUAUAAACAAAAAGCUGUUCUAUUACUCAUCAA